AAUCGGUUUUCUGAAGUUGGUAGGCCCAACAAGAAAAGGGCUUAUAAGAUUGAAGAGAAAUUGGUUAAAAAAGAUGAAUCUUUUAGUAAAAAGAUUCAAGAACCCGAAAAGAAGGUUGAUCAAAAGGGUUAUAAUCAGCCAGGUGGCGAAAGGCUGCCCAAGAAACGAAAGGUGGAUCAUCAGACGCGUGCAGGUGCGUGCUUUCUUUGUUAAUUGAAAAGAAUAUAGUUACUAGGGGUUCAAAUGUUAGUUAUCGUAAGAAAGAUGGAAAAGUUAUCGCGAAAGGGCGGGCCUAUGAUGAAGGGAUUCAAUGUGAUUGUUGUGGAGUGUACUUUUUAUUGUGUAAAUUUGAAGCUCAUGCUGGUAGUACUUAUCAUAGACCAGCAGCUUAUAUCUUUCUUGAAGAUGGGACUGGGAGGUCUGUUUCUGACUGCCAAAAUCAAAUAAAGAAACUCGAUAACCAUCAUGUGUUUAAGGUUCCUAAAACACCAGAUCGUGCGUGUGAAGUCCCUAAGCCUUCACAGGUAUUGACAGAGCAUGAUGAAUUCUGUUGGGUAUGCAAAGAUGGGGGUGAGUUGUUAUGUGAUUCUUGUACAUCAUGUUACCAUCUGUCCUGCAUUGGGUUGAAAAGCAUGCCGAAAUCAUGUUACUGGUUUUGUCCUACCUGUUCUUGUGGUAUUUGUGAUCGUGAUAAGAUUGGUAACUUCACUGAUGAUGAAGCUCGCAGCAAAGUUAAAUGUGGACAAUGUCGGCACCAGUACCACAUUGAUUGUAUUAGAAAUUUGGGAUUUUCAAUUUCUUGUGAUUCUCAAAAUUGGUUUUGUAAAGAGGCAUGUGAACGAAUAUUUCUCGGUCUUAAGGGGAUAUCUGGCCGGGCGAUUCCUUUGCCAGUUGAUGGCUUAAAUUGGAGAUUGUUACAGGUUGACUAUGAACACAGCAUGGAGGACUAUGCAGAAACUUAUGGUAAACUAAAUAACGCGUUACAUGUGAUGCACGAGUGUUUUGAGAUGGUAAACAAUCCGUUGUCCGGCAAUGAUAUCAUGGAAGAUGUCAUCUUUAGUAGAGAUAUAAAGGGUUCUAAUUUUGCGGGGUUUUAUACUGCAGUUUUGGAGAAAGAUGAGGAAAUAGUUACUGUGGUUAACUUUCGGGUGCAUGGUUGUAAAGUGGCUGAGAUUCCAUUAGUUGCAACCAGAUUUCAACACAGAAAAUUAGGGAUGUGCAGGAUUUUGAUGGAUGAGCUUGAAAGAAAAUUGGAAUACUUAGGGGUUAAGAGACUCGUUUUGACUGCCGUUUCACAGAUGGUUAUUACUUGGACAGAGUCAUUUGGGUUCACUGUGAUGUCAGAAGCUGAAUGUUUAGAAGCUGUUGACUGCAAGUUUCUUGAAUUUCCUGGUACCGUAAAAUGUCAGAAAAUCUUGAAGAAUAUGUGAGCAGAUAUGUUUAUUGUAGUUCUUUAUAAGAUAUGGCCAUCUUGUGACUUGUGUCAUGAAGACAUUGAAGGGGAUGGUGUAAUAUGCGUAGCUGUUAACAUUCUGCCAACUGAAUUUGCAAAGAGGUGCUGUGAACUCAUACCUUAAAUAAUUCUCUAAUUCGAUGUUUUUUUGCUUCAUUUCCUUGAAUUUAUUCUUUCGGUAAGAUGGUUGCUAUUGUUCUUGUAUUAUGGCCUCUAACCUGUAUAAUAAAGGCUUCCCAACAUUUUGGUGAUGUUCUUUCCCAUUUUAUUGGGAGCUUAGCCAUGAUGGAUAUUGAAGAUUUACCUCUUCACUUAAGGAGAGCUUGUAUAGCACAUGGAGGAGCUCUUACUAACUUAUACAAUUAUAUCCCCUGAAUGCGGAAUUCACAGUAAGUGACUAAGUGUUCUCAUGCUACUUAAUACUGUGUCUUCUUUACAUGAUAGGGUGAUUUAUGUUAAGAUUUAACAUCUGCUGCUCGAGAGAGAAUGCUGAAAUCCUCUUGACCUGUAUACUCUAAUUAGUAAUUACUUAAUCCAGUUUUUGAAUUGAUUUGCAACAUUAUGCACAUUAUUCCCGAUAGGGAUUUCCCUUGGGUUCAUCUAAUAAGUUCCCAUUUAUAGCAGCCUGACUUCCUCUUUGUCAUCUUUUGUUUUAUUUCAGUUGGUUCUAAAGGUCACAUAAUGUUUACCGAAUUGCAUGUGUAUAUUUAUAUCUUUUGACCUCUAUGUUAGGAGAUUUGUAGGAUGUUGCGUCUUAUCUGAUUUCAGUUAUAGUAUUGGUAUAACAGCACUUCUUUCUCAAAGUUUCUAAAACCAGAAUUGGUACAGUGCAUGCCUUGAGGAAUGGUCACAAGGCCAUUAAGAUGUUUACUGACCAAAGCAAUUUAUUAUACAUGGAAUAUUUAAUAUGACUUAAAAAGAUAAAAUUCUCUACCCAAUCAUUCAGCUUGAUGUGUACUUUAAUUUUAGGUUAUAUCAACUAAUGUGAAUUUAUCCCUGUGACGUCCAGGGACUUGCAGGGAACGUUGCCAAUGUCGUCUCUAAUAGGAGGAGAUAUACUAUGCUGGUUUGUUUCUUAUUCCCAUACUUCACUAUCAGUUUAUAUUACAAUGUUAUCACAUAAUGUAUAUCACGGGAUCACAUAAAGUCCUUAUAGCCGUGGACUUUAUGAUUGGUGUGUUGGAUAACCUUCAUCCAGGUGAUUGAUAAAAAAGAGAGAGAAUAGACAAGUCUUCUCUCUUCUACUUGGUUUUCUUAUAGUUAUUUUUGUUGCUUGCUAGAAGUUUUCAUAAGUGUUCGUAAACCCGUAUAGUGGUGAACUGGCGAUGUUCUUUUCUCUGUUCUGUCUUGGUAUAUUGAAGGUUACCCCAUUUGUGUUCUUGUUAGUCACUGUACUUUAUGCUUUUAUGGGGUCGAUAUCGUUAUCGCUAUGAGUCUAUUGCCUCCAACUUUUCAUUGCACCAUUGUUAGUGCCUGCAUUGAGGUACUGCACUCUUCAUUACCAUAUGGCAAAUUUUUUGUUCUAAUUAUAUUUCAUAACCAACAGCAUGCAUUAUUGUAUUUUACUGAUUCUGUUGUUUCGUUUAUUGUUAAAGAUGAUUUGUUUCUUAUUGCAGCUUAAAAAGCAUCUUGCUACUGCUAGCUAUGUUAAUGAUUCAAUGUUCAAGCUACAUGAUGCAGCCAAAGGUGGUGGUAUUACGAUUUUUGGUGAAAUGGUCUUGGAUCUAGGAAUAGGUAGGUUAUUUUUUCUUCUUAGUUUUGUAAAUAUGUGUCAAUUCAGUUAGCUGGGUGUAUAGUAUAUUAGUAUUGCAUCAAAAAUUCCGUUUCAGAAUUGAGAAAAUGUCAAUUGAUUAGAUAUACAAUGCUCUCUAAAUUCUUAUCUGUUGGUGGUGAUUUUUUAGUAUACUGUAGUUGUAUUACUUUUA